AAAAAUCACAUGGUUUGUAAGUCAUUGAGAAAAUUGCCCGUCACAUGGUUUUCAUUAAUGUAGCAAUCCAUGUGUAAACGUGGUCGACUGGAAUUUAUGGACAGGUUCAAUCAACACAAAACGUGAACGGCUGAUACAGAGGUCUCACCCGACUGUAUGUGGAUACUUCCGACAUUUAGAAGGAAAAAAAAAAAAUCCGAUAUCGUGAAAUUCACGUUUUGAACCUUGAAAACGACUUUACGCAGGGGAUCCCCCUUAUGGUGAAAUGGUGUUCUAGAUUAUUUCGUUAUUCAUGUUGAAAUCCAGGACUUUGGACAGCAUGGGUUCUGACGGGGAAAGAAACCCCCAGGUGACUUCUGUGAAGUGCAAAAUCGUGUUAGUAGGAGACUGUGAAUGUGGAAAAACUUCAUUAAUUCAACGAUACAUCAAAGAAAAUUUCAACGAGAAUUACACUCCCACAUCUUUUGACACAUACAAUACCACGUACCAUGUAUCGGAUACCUACCGAAUCCAAAUGUCGCUGUGGGACACUUCAGGCUCCCACAUGUACGACAGUGUGCGCCCUCUAUCUUAUGCCGACGCUGAUCUCAUUAUGAUAUGUUUCUCCGUGGCGGAUCCAGAAAGCUUAGACCACGCAAUAUCUAGAUGGUCACGUGAAGUUCGAGAACACUGUCCCAAACAGCCAAUGAUUUUAGUUGGCUGCAAAACAGAUCUUCGAACGGAUGCAACGAAAUUAGCGGAACUUGCCAAGAAACGAACAUCCCCUGUCAUGUAUGAUCAGGCCCUUAAAUCGGCGAAAACCAUUGGAGCUUUAGUUUAUUCAGAGAUUUCAUCCAAAGAUUCACAGCGAAGCGUAAAUGACGUGUUAGAAGUAGCAGCUCUAUCUUCCGCCGGAAAUAAAACUUCCACACCGGAACAAAGUCCCACCUUUCGCCGACAGAGGUCGUUCAUGCGUCGAAAACGCUUCAGUGGAAUCGGAGAGGCGAAAGUGCAAUUACGAAAGGAAGCAGCCAAAAGUUGUUGCAUCAUGUGACAUUGUGACUGAAAACUGAGAAAAGAAGGUUAUGAUCUCGGACUUUCCUAAAGGAAAGAUAAAUGUUUUUCCAUUACAGAGCAUCAAUGUUUUCCAUAUAAAUGGAGCAUAAAUGUUUGAUGUUUUGCAUCACUGCUGUGAGGCAUGUUAUGAAUAUCAAAGGUCCUGUGGAAUUGCCCGGCAUUGGUUUGUCACAGUUUAUGAUAGUCUACAUCAUUAAUUGCUACCAAUGUGGUGAAAAUAGGAAGAGCUGUUGAGCUCGAUAUCUAUUUUUAAAAAAGUUUGCAGUCACUUUGAACAUAGACACAUUGAGAAGUUUUUAAAAUGACCCAUGAACAUACUAUAGUUUAUCAUGACUAUUACAUGUACAUACAUAAAAUGAAACAGAAAAUGCUUUCUGGUGCACUUUUGAGGAGAGGUCACGUUUUUUUCUUUUUAAAGUAUAGAGGAAAUUAAUCAUGUCUCAUAUUUUUUCAUGAAAACAUUAUCACUGCAAGCAUCAUCUACUGUUCAAUAUCUCGAUCGUAUACAAAUUUUGAUUGUCAAACUGUGACAAAAUAGUGUCGGGCAUGAUCGGAUCGUGUAGACAAAGUGAUGCACAUUUUAUGUAGGGAGUGAGACAAGGGGAGUUACUUUCCCCAACUUCUUUAGGCUAGAAGUUAUUGCAAAGGUGCUAUUGCGUGAGAGUAUAGACUGAUAAUUGUUCUACAGUUUGUCUUUCAUAUUUGUGUAUAGUAUUGAAUGCAGUUAUAAUUUAUUUUUGAGCAAGAGUGUUGUGUGCAAUUUCUGGUAUGCCGUGUGCAAUAUUGGAGGCGUGAAGGAACAUUGCGGAAAAUGUUUUGAUUACCUACACGAGAGUAAUAUUUGAACAAAUUUGAAACAUAAAAUAAACGAAAAAGUCCA